CAACUCUUCCAGUGCCUGCUCUGACUGGACAGUAGAAUGAGUACCAAGAAGUCUCCCGAAGAAAUGAAGAGCAUUUUUGAAAAAUAUGCAGCCAAAGAAGGCGAUCCAAACCAGCUAUCAAAGGAGGAGCUGAAGCUACUGAUUCAGUCAGAAUUUCCCACUCUCCUGAAGGGUGCGAGUACUCUAGACAAUCUGUUUACAGAGCUGGAUAAGAAUGGCGAUGGAGAAGUCAGUUUUGAAGAAUUUCAAGCACUGAUCCAAAAGAUAUAAACAUGAAGACGCCAUUAAGGAGCACC